AUGGUACACCAUGAUUUGGAGAGGACUUAUCAUGGUACACUAGCUGUUUUGAGGUUCUUCACUUGUUGGCCUCUGGUGCCUGAUACUUCAUGUUCUGAAAAUUCUGUGAUAUAUUUCGUUGCGUGUCAAAAAGUUGCAAGUGUAUGGGAAGAGAAUCAGAUAGUGGACAUGCAGGCGACACUAGCUUUGAUGUUUGACCUAGAUUCUAAGGGAGAAGUUCAAGUCAUCAAGAUUGAGAAAAUGGAGACAUGUGCUUAUUGUUCAAACAUAGAAGGGGAGCCUGAUGGGAAACCAUGGUUUCAUGAUAUCAAAAAAUAUUUAGAAAAGAAGAGGAUGAUUUUGCUGCGAUGUGUGGAUGUAGAUGAAGCAAAUCGGAUAAUGAAAGAAGUGCACGACGGGCUUUGUGGAACUAAUGCCAAUGGCUAUGCCAUGACAAGGAAAAUAAUACGAGCCAGAUAUUAUUGA